GAAAAGUCCCAGCCUGCAAGCCAACCGCGCUCAGCGGGCGACUGGCCGGAUCCCAGCGUGCUGCCCCUCGCCCAGCCUGCGAGCGCGUGGUACGAAGGCGCGUCUGCAUCCAUGCCCCAGCCGGGGGAGCUGGAGGCGCUCGCAGUCAGAGGCGAGUGAUGCUAGGCUGAGCGCGUGGCGGCCAGUGUCGUGCCCCGCUGAGCCAAGUACGGAAGGACAGCGGCGCGCUCCAGCUCUGCUCGCCGCGCGCAGGGCGGGGCGCGGCUGGGGGGCGGGGGGCCUGGCCGCCCGCUGGGAGCUGUGGACGAGCAGGCGCGCCGCGGACCCGAGGGAGAACACGGUUAAAGCAUUGCUAUCAACUGUGAACCCAGAGAGCCCUCCUUAGCCAACACGCUAACUCCGAAGCCUCCCUUACGUCUCCGAACCACCGAAGGCGGCGACACCUGAUUCAGCGCACAAACACAGGUCCCUUCUGUCCCGGAUACAAUUACGCGGCAGACACACACUCAAACUCGCGCGGGGCAGCCAAGAGACGAGCUAUGAAGUCUUACACUCCAUAUUUCAUGCUCCUUUGGAGUGCUGUUGGGAUAGCGAAGGCUGCCAAAAUCAUCAUCGUGCCGCCAAUUAUGUUUGAAAGCCAUAUGUACAUUUUCAAGACGCUAGCCUCAGCCUUGCACGAGAGAGGCCACCAUACAGUGUUCCUCCUCUCUGAAGGCAGAGACAUCGCCCCAUCUAAUCAUUACAGCCUCCAGCGCUACCCAGGGAUCUUUAACAGUACCACCUCAGAUGCUUUCCUACAGUCCAAGAUGCGGAAUAUUUUCUCUGGGAGAUUGACAGCAAUCGAACUGUUUGACAUACUGGAUCACUAUACUAAGAACUGUGACAUGAUGGUUGGCAACCAUGCCCUGAUCCAGGGUCUGAAGAAAGAAAAGUUUGACCUGCUGCUGGUGGACCCUAAUGAUAUGUGUGGAUUUGUGAUAGCUCAUCUUUUAGGGGUUAAAUAUGCUGUAUUUUCAACUGGCCUUUGGUAUCCUGCUGAAGUGGGUGCUCCUGCUCCAUUAGCAUAUGUCCCAGAGUUUAACUCACUCCUCACAGACCACAUGAACUUGCUGCAAAGGAUGAAAAAUACCGGUGUUUACCUCAUUUCCAGAUUAGGGGUCAGCUUUCUGGUUCUUCCCAAAUACGAAAGGAUAAUGCAGAAGUACAACCUGCUGCCAGAGAAGUCCAUGUAUGAUUUGGUUCAUGGGUCCAGCCUGUGGAUGCUGUGUACUGACGUAGCACUGGAAUUCCCAAGACCCACUCUGCCUAAUGUUGUUUAUGUAGGAGGAAUCCUAACCAAACCGGCCAGCCCACUACCAGAAGAUCUCCAAAGAUGGGUAAAUGGUGCUAAUGAACAUGGCUUUGUCUUGGUGUCUUUUGGAGCUGGUGUCAAGUAUCUGUCAGAAGACAUUGCUAACAAACUGGCAGGAGCUCUGGGGAGAUUGCCUCAAAAAGUGAUUUGGAGGUUUUCUGGACCCAAACCAAAGAAUCUAGGAAGCAACACUAAACUCAUAGAAUGGUUACCACAAAAUGACCUGCUUGGGCAUUCAAAGAUUAAAGCCUUCCUGAGCCACGGUGGUUUGAACAGUAUUUUUGAAACUAUGUAUCAUGGUGUGCCUGUAGUGGGAAUUCCACUCUUUGGAGACCAUUAUGAUACUAUGACCAGAGUACAGGCAAAAGGCAUGGGGAUAUUACUAGAAUGGAAGACAGUUACUGAAAAAGAGCUCUAUGAAGCACUAGUGAAAGUUAUCAAUAAUCCCAGCUACCGUCAGAGGGCCCAGAAGCUUUCGGAAAUUCACAAGGAUCAACCUGGUCACCCUGUCAAUCGAACUAUCUAUUGGAUAGAUUAUAUUAUUCGUCACAAUGGAGCCCAUCACCUACGUGCCGCUGUCCAUCAAAUCUCCUUUUGUCAGUAUUUUUUACUGGAUAUUGCCUUUGUGCUUUUGCUUGGUGCUGCCAUGUUAUACUUUCUCUUGUCUUGGGUGACAAAAUUUAUCUACAGAAAAAUCAAAAGUCUGUGGUCUAGAAAUAAGCAUAGCACAGUUAAUGGACAUUACCACAAUGGAAUCCUCAAUGGCAAGUACAAAAGAAAUGGCCAUAUUAAACAUGAAAAGAAAGUGAAAUGAGCCAACAGCCCAGGUGAUAGAAAUAAAUUGGUUCACUCAUUGAAUUUUUAUUGCUAUUAUUUAGUCUAACAGCUACUAAAGGUAAAACAUCAGUAAACAAUUCUAACAUGCCCUUAUGAGAUCUACUAAUGCAAUUCUGUGGAAUUAAGAUGGCUGUAAAAAGCACAAACCUAAAAUGCAGAAAUGUAUUUUAUUCAAAUACUGAUGUAGAGAGUUUUGGCACUGAACCUUUUAGAAGCCUUAAUUAUUUAAAUCAAUUAAGUGACUGUGUCAGACCUUAGUUUUAAAUCUUGAUAUGUGUGUGUCCCAGAUCAGGAAUGGUUUCAUUUUUCUUAAUAACGUGUGUGUGUGUGUGUGUGUGUGUGUGCGUCCUAAUUAAGAGAAUUUUUACUGGCUGCUUGUUACAUUUGUUGAGGGUACAACACACCCAAGAAUAAAGUAAAAGGAUAGUCAGGAUCCAGAUGUUUCUUUUCUAGCAUUUAAUAUGUGUGAACUCAGAACACUACUAUGAAAGACCAUUUUCCCCAAAAAACUGGAUGCAGAAGAAGAAAAAAAAAAAAGAAAUGGCACAGUUUUUUGUAUUUUUUGUUUUAGUUAUUUUUUUUUUGUUGUUGUUGUUUUUAUUGCUUUUCUUUUCUGAUAGAGUAUGGCCACUUCUGGGGGAAAAACAUAUAAUUAAGUAAAUGUAUACAAUGGUUUUCACAUUUUACUUUUGUUUUCCCACUACCAAUAAUUUUCCUCUGGAAGAAUUUUAUAAUUUUUUCUAUUUCAUUUUAAUGAGUAACAAUAUGUUAAAUGCAUAAUUAAGACAAAGCAAUGAAAUUCUGACUUUAUUCAAAGUACUGAAGAUUAUUGCUUCUAGGGCAUUUUUAAACAGCACCAUUGUAUUGUUGAAUGUUUAUGUAACUGAUGGCUUUUCUAUAAUGUAACUUUUGAAUGUUCAGGUGUUACAUUUCCAAAGUUUUACUUUUAAAAAACCAUCUUCUGAUCCCUUUUAUUGUCUGGGCCACACAAUCUAUAUUACAUAGGUGCCAACAUUUAAUUCUUUUAAAUGGAACAUUUGCAGUUUUCCAUAUUGGUACCUGCUUUUUCUGGAGAGGUUUGAGAUCUUGUUAACAAAUCAGACUUUACACUAUAUACAGACGUCACAGAUAAAUUGAACCACAUGUUUGUGAAAAUGAGUUCCUAUCUUCCUCAUUCCCUCAGCCCUCACCCCAGCAGCCUUUUCCGGUCAUUGUGGCUGACAUGGAACAGUGACAGUAUUCAUUUGAGAACAGGGAUGCAAGUCACAGACAUCAUAAAAUCAGGGCCUCCCUGCUGAAGCAUUCUCUAGUUGGCAACUAUGAAUUUAUUCCAUGUCAUUCUGUUUACUUAGCACUUGCACUACCCUUGUUGGUUGAGUGUAUGCUUUAUUUGUUUGUAGUUUGAAAUCCCACAUCUGAUAGCUGAGAGUAGGCAAAUACAACAUUUACCUAAUGUCAUUCACUAACAUGGAAGAGUUGUGAAAAUUCUAGAGUGCUGUAAAUCUUUGGCAUACACUAUGACAAACAACUUCAUUACUCUCCCACCAGGAGCUGCUCUCCUGCACUUAGAAAUAAUAUCACAAGUAGUUUUCUAAUGUACAAUGCAGACAAAUGUACUGCUCUCUGAAUACUUGAAGAAAUGGUAUUAUACAUACAUAGAAACCUAUUAGUUAUACCUUUUCACAAUCUUAUUACGAUGUUGCCGUUAAAAGGGAAAAAAGACACAGGCAAUGAAUGGUGGGAUAGUAAGAGGACUUAGAGUGUAUGAAUGAGUUGAUUUUACUUUUUUGGAAUUUGAUUAAGUUGACAGUAGGCACUGAUUGGAUGAUUAAGCAUAAGUUAAUCUCCACUGUGAUAAAAACUUAAAUAAUAAACAUGAUUUAAAAUAGA